AUGUCAGAGGAUCAGCACCUGAGCUCACAUACAAUCUCCCGCUACGAUCACAGUGCCCCUCUCCGAUCUCCCACUACGAUCACAGUGCCCCUCUCCGAUCUCCCACUACGAUCACAGUGCCCCUCUCCGAUCUCCCACUACGAUCACAGUGCCCCUCUCCGAUCUCCCACUACGAUCACAGUGCCCCUCUCCGAUCUCCCACUACGAUCACAGUGCCCCUCUCCGAUCUCCCACUACGAUCACAGUGCCCCUCUCCGAUCUCCCACUACGAUCACAGUGCCCCUCUCCGAUCUCCCACUACGAUCACAGUGCCCCUCUCCGAUCUCCCACUACGAUCACAGUGCCCCUCUCCGAUCUCCCACUACGAUCACAGUGCCCCUCUCCGAUCUCCCACUACGAUCACAGUGCCCCUCUCCGAUCUCCCACUACGAUCACAGUGCCCCUCUCCGAUCUCCCACUACGAUCACAGUGCCCCUCUCCGAUCUCCCACUACGAUCACAGUGCCCCUCUCCGAUCUCCCACUACGAUCACAGUGCCCCUCUCCGAUCUCCCACUACGAUCACAGUGCCCCUCUCCGAUCUCCCACUACGAUCACAGUGCCCCUCUCCGAUCUCCCACUACGAUCACAGUGCCCCUCUCCGAUCUCCCACUACGAUCACAGUGCCCCUCUCCGAUCUCCCACUACGAUCACAGUGCCCCUCUCCGAUCUCCCACUACGAUCACAGUGCCCCUCUCCGAUCUCCCACUACGAUCACAGUGCCCCUCUCCGAUCUCCCACUACGAUCACAGUGCCCCUCUCCGAUCUCCCACUACGAUCACAGUGCCCCUCUCCGAUCUCCCACUACGAUCACAGUGCCCCUCUCCGAUCUCCCACUACGAUCACAGUGCCCCUCUCCGAUCUCCCACUACGAUCACAGUGCCCCUCUCCGAUCUCCCACUACGAUCACAGUGCCCCUCUCCGAUCUCCCACUACGAUCACAGUGCCCCUCUCCGAUCUCCCACUACGAUCACAGUGCCCCUCUCCGAUCUCCCACUACGAUCACAGAUCAUAACGCCCCUCUCCGAUCUCCCACUACGAUCACAGCGCCCCUCUCCGAUCUCCCCCUACGAUCACAGCACCUCUCUCCGAUCUCCCACUACGAUCACAGCGCCCCUCUCCGAUCUCCCGCUAGGAUCACAGCGCCUCUCUCCGAUCUCCCCCUACGAUCACAGCACCUCUCUCCGAUCUCCCGCUAUGAUCACAGCACCCCUCUCUGA